UCGUUCUAAGUCAGACGAUCUCGUUCCACCGCGUCCCAUCGAACAUCGAAGGAAACCCUAACUGGGAACGGCACCGCGAAAGUUAGGCACCAAGCCCAAACCCGUACCCCCAACAUGGCGCCGCCGUCGCAGGCGGCCACCGGCAAGCGGAAGAAGCAGCACAAACCCACCAAGAGCCUCGCCGUGAAAUCAACCAAUCCCGUCUCGAAGAAGACGCACAAGCAGAAGAAGCCGCGGCCACCCGCUGAGCAGGACCAAACCAACGCCGUCGCCGCCGCAGGUGAACCCGCGGGCGGUGGCGUCCUCUUGUCGGCCGCGCUGCCGCCGGCGCGGCAACUCGAGUUCCUCCUCCGCAGCUUCGAGCGCGCCGCCAAGAUGCGCCUCUCCCCACUCGAACUCGGCGCCUACUCUGAGGCGUGCAUGGUGCAGCUCGCCGAGGGGGCGAGCCAGGACGUGGAGAGCUUUGGUGACCAUGUGAAGGGGGCCUUUGGAGCGAUGUGGAAGGGGGAGCUCUGUGAGGGGAGACUCGUUGAGGGGUCGAUCGAUGCGGGCAGCCCAGCGCUGCUGGUUAUCAGCUUGGGUGCACUGAGAUCACUGGACCUUCUGAGGGGGUUAAAGAUGUUUACUAGAGGAUGCCGUUCAGUAAAGCUCUUCGCCAAACACAUGAAAGCGGAGGAGCAGGUUGCGCUACUAAAAGAUCGAGUUAAUAUAGCCUGUGGUACACCCAGCAGAAUCAAGAAACUAAUUGACAUGGAAGCUUUAUCACUGUCACGCUUGAAAUUGGUGGUGCUCGACAUGCAGAGGGACCCGAAGUCAUUUAAUUUGUUUACGCUACCGCAAGUCAGCAAUGAGUUCUGGGACCUGUACAAGGGGUAUCUUGAUGAGAAAGUUAGAGGAGGCGAUACAAGAAUAUGCUUUUAUGGUGCUGUUUCUGAGAAAGACGCCAAUAAAGUCCUCACACCUGCCGAGUAAAUGUAUACCAUGAAGUAGUGUCCCAGUUACACUAAUCAAUUGUAGUUGGCGGCAAGAUAUUAGGAAUUUUGGUCGGGUGAGAAAAUUAGGAGUUUUGGUUGUGAUUUUCCAAUGUACCUUUGCACUCCCGCUGAACGAGUAAGUCUGCAAGAUAUGCAAUGUUUCCAUGAGACUCGA